UUUUUGCAGAUUUUUCUAUUAAAUUGCUAAAAUGCGGAGCAUAAUGAAAUUGUUCUUUCUGUUUUUUUAUUUGCAAAUUUCAGAAAGUGAACGCAAUACAUAUCCCGUAGAAAUUAACACUAUACAUGAGUUUGAAGUGAAUACUUCUGCCUGUGAUACAUACGCCAAACUUGAGGUGCUCUGUGAAGCACUAGCAUAUUGUAUGGUGCCAAGUGUUAAUAAUGCAAUUUGUAACAAAACAAAACACGGUGUCCAAAUGUUGAUACCUUUAAGACUACGUUGUGAUAAAAUGACUAUAAAAUGUGCAGAUAAUGUCGUGUAUGAACGUAAUCUUGUCAAAUAUAAAAUACCAAAAGAUUUGAAAAGCAGUUAUAACAUAACCGAUGAUCGAUUUCUACUGACCACAAAAGCAAUUGGAAUUUAUCCAGGGGGAGUGUGUAAAUUCCAUUUUAUAAACAUGGACAAUUCAGAGGUAAUAGUCUCUAGCGUCGAUGCAACAGCUGACAACAAGGCGGAUAUACACGAUGUCACAUGUAAUUUCUCCUUACCGACAACUACACUUGCAAGGGGAUAUUAUGAAGUCAACAUUUCAGUUUACCCAUCAACACUCAGUUUAUUAUAUGGAAGAAAUGAUUCUCGGAGAUUAUUUAUUGGUCUGGCUGUAUCUUUGAUCAACUGCCAGCAUGAAUACACAUAUGUCAAUAAAACCAUCAAUUGUACCUGUGUACGAUCAGACAACUAUCAAAUAACAGCUCAACCUAUGUGGUACAACAAUCGUCAUGAAAUACAGGGGAGCGGAUCUUCAACUUUAUCUAUCCAGGCAUCCAAUUGUAACAACGACUAUUAUUGUGUGGCACAGUUACAUAACAUUUCAAGUAGCAAACUCAGGUAUUCCAUUACGUUUCAAGAAGCUCAUGAACCAUCACAUUGCUGUUUCAAUACAAAAGAAAUAACAGUAUUCGCAUCUUCAAUGUCAGGCACAGUAUUGCUGUUUGCUAUAAUCUUAUUCUGUGUAGUCACGCACUAUAAACAUAGGUUGCAAAAACAUCAUCAGUUUACUGAAACGUCUAUACCUGGCGAUCAUGGGCUCUAUAUAACUCCCUUAGACAACCUAGAGGAUCAUCGCAGUUCUUCCGAAAUAGAAAAUGCAAAUUUACAGUGUUACCACAACAUAAAUGAAAUGGAUCCAGCUUCCAUGGGUAGCCACGGUCAUCAUUACAGUGAGGUAGGGCUGCCUGGCCAUAUGAGCCUAACAGGUGAUCCACCAAUGAGCAGCAGAUUAGUGGAGCCAGUGGUCACACAAAACAUACAGGAACUAAACGACGGUUAUUUAACACCAUUAGAUGUGGACACGCAAACAACUGGCACAACUAACCAACGCUCGCAACAAUUGGAUGGUUACGCCAUCAUCAUUGAUCACUAUUCGACUAUCGAUUAAAUUUAAAAGGUUGUUGUUUCGUCGUUAAGGUAUAUUGAACAUAAGUGACAAAGGUUACAAGUAUCGUUUCUUCGUCCAAAUUCUUCGCUGAAGUGUCAAAUAAUGACUCUGAGAAUAACAAGAUGGGCAUUCAUUGGAACGUGAAAGAUAGUGGUGAAAGAUCAGAAGCUGACCACAGUCAAAGCAUGGGCGAAAUCACACGACUCGCCCAGGACAAGGAAGUAUGGCUGAGUUUUCAUGAUGCCUUAUAGUCCACAGGAAGCGACAUGGAUUAAUUAAAUAAAAUGA